CUUUUGAUAAUUCUUAUAUCGAAAAAUGCGGUCGAUCUCUGGAAUAUUUUUGUUUAGAUUUAAUCGGUACUCUUUUACGGCGAAUUAUUCACUUGAUUUAUCCAGUUUAAUGUCAGGUGGAUUAAAUUAAAUUGUUAACGCAAGGCAGAAACUCACGGCGAAAGGAACAAAGUAUUAAUAAGAAUUUUCUAUUGAAUUUCGAAAGUUUUGGUCGGAUUUCGAACCCGGACCCCUAUUAUUAAUACAACGAGAGAGAAUUCGAUCAUCCGAUAGAUUCUCUUUUUUAAUCCUUUCUUCAAAAUAUUGAUUCCAAAUUGAGAAAUUUAUUAUACGGUAAUAACAAUUGAUAUUUAAAUUCUAUCACAUUUAUAUCGCUGCACUCCUAAUUCGAAAUAAGAAAUAUACAGAAAAAUUAGUCAGAAGAGCGCCUCUAGCGUCGAAAUUUCGCACUCGCUUAAAAAUGGCGGAGAAAUUAAACGUAAAUUUAUCGGAAGUUGAAAUAGCCGAUUGCCAUUUAUUACCUUGUAAAAUAAAAAGUUCCGGCCACGCAGCCGUUUCUACUUAUUUUACUUCGACCGUGGACGAGAUAGGCGAGUAUAAAAAGUGUUCUUUCAGAGGUCGCCCGUUAAUGGGAAAAGAUGUGGCUUUGACUUCAGAUUAUGUUGGAAUUGUGGUAGAAAAUAAAAAAGACGAAUUGUGCGCCGUUAAGAAGUUUGAGAAAUUUACUUAUUGGAAUUGGGAUAAAACACCUUCGAAAGAUGACGGUUUAAUGAGAAUGAUGGACUGGCUUGAAGUUUCCAAAGCUCUUCAUCAGAACUGAAAGAAGAGAAUUUCUGUUGACUUAUUACUUUUACUGCUCACAAAUUAAAAUGUAUCUUGGUUAAUAAACGUGUGAAAUGACCGAAAGUUCUUGAUAAGAUAAACAAUGUGACAUCAAGCAUACAGUGAUACAAAACUAAUGUUAUAUCCAUACUAAUCCACGAAAACCUUUCUAUACAAGUGUUAUGUUCUUAACUAUUCCACAAACGCUUUUGACCUCCACCUGAAGCAGACCUCGGUGGAAGUCGAAAGCGUUUGUGAAGUAGUUAAGAACAUAACACUUGUACAGAAAGGUUUUCAUGGAUUAUUAUUACUCAACGAAAUGUUAAGUUGUUGGAAGUCGUUUUGUAUAUCCAUACUGCCCGGUAUAUCUAUCGCCUCACUUUAUUCUCCAUACGAGUUAAAAUUUUUCCUGUUUUAAAUGUAAUCUUUCAUACUGAUGGUUGGAAGUAAAAGUAGUGGAUUUUACUCAACAUUGUUAUUUCGAAAAAACAAUUUAUUGUUAUAAAUAAAAACCUGGAGAAGAUUUAGAAUGAUGAACAGUGAAUCAAAGCAAAAGAAAAAAUGAUAAUAUGUUAGACUUCUACCCUACCGAUUUGGAGAACCUGGCUUUGAUCUGGGUUGAAAAUGAUGUUUUUAAUGGACAGUCUCUCUCGGAUGUGUUGGGCCUUGUCCCUCGCUAUCUAGCUGACUCUGUUGUGGGCCUGGCUAAACCCGUGAUUAAAGAAAAAAACUUGUAGUGCCCAUACGGCAGAAGGAGUGAAAUAAUAAUAGUGAAAAGCAAAUACUAAAAUAAUAGAGUUUCAAUUUACCAUAUUUACUUGAGUAUAAGACAAUCUUGCAUAUAGGACGAGGUGUGACUUUAAACAUCAAAAUAAAGAAAAUUAGGUUUAUAAAUACAGUUCU